CGAACGCACGCAAGCGGCUACGACGUAGAACUAGCUACGCGUCUAUAACUACGUGUUUUCAGAUUCCAUUAAAAACCUUUAGUAUAUAAAAGUGGUCGUAAUAUAAUUUGAUUAUUUUUAUUCUACUUCGAAGAUUAUUUCAAAUGGAUAUUUUUUUGACUGAUUGGUUUCUUUCAAAUACUUUAAAUGGUGUAUGAACUCAAUAAGUGUACACAGGAUUUUAUUUGUGAAUUUAAUGACUGAAAAAACUUGAAUUGUAAAAGAAGGUGAAGAAUAAUUGAAAUGAUUAGAUUCAAUCCACUCUAAAAUGAACUGGUUAUGUAAAUGGGAGCUGUCACAAAAAGCUAUGGGCACAGGAAUGAUGUCGUGUAAAGAAGUAAGUCUUGAAGCAAUUACACUUAAGAAUCAAGUGACGACAUAUCACGAUCGCUUACUCUCGCAAAGAAUUCCAAACAUCUCCCCGAUCUACGUCUACAAUGCUACGUGAAAUGAAGCCAGCGAAACAACAAAAUGGGCCAGACGUACACGGAUGCCUACGCUAACUUCACUUCGAUAAAUUACUCGCAAUCUUACAAUGUAAUAGACGUUGAUAAAGACGAUUGCGCCGUCGCAGAUGAACCUAAAUAUCCAAGUAGCUUCGGAAUAAUGCUGGCCGUCCCGGAAUGGGAGGCCAUUUGUACAGCCCUUGUACUGACACUAAUCAUCAUUUCAACAAUUGUGGGCAACAUACUAGUUAUACUCAGCGUAUUCACGUACAAACCUCUCAGAAUCGUCCAAAACUUUUUCAUAGUAUCGCUUGCUGUGGCCGAUUUAACGGUUGCCAUUUUGGUCCUUCCUCUAAACGUGGCAUAUUCGAUACUCGGGCAAUGGGUGUUCGGAAUCUACAUGUGCAAAAUGUGGCUUACCUGCGACAUAAUGUGCUGCACCUCCUCUAUACUAAACCUUUGUGCGAUAGCCCUCGACAGAUACUGGGCUAUAACAGACCCCAUCAACUACGCUCAAAAGAGGACUUUGGAGAGAGUGCUUUUAAUGAUUGGCAUUGUAUGGAUACUUUCACUUAUAAUUAGUUCCCCACCGUUGUUGGGUUGGAAUGAUUGGCCCGAAGUUUUUGAACCUGACACCCCAUGCCGUCUGACGUCUCAACCUGGCUUCGUUAUAUUCUCUUCUUCAGGAUCAUUUUACAUCCCACUAGUUAUAAUGACAGUAGUUUACUUUGAGAUAUAUUUAGCUACUAAAAAAAGAUUAAGAGAUAGAGCUAAAGCGACAAAAAUUAGUACAAUAUCAAGCGGACAAAACAGGUUCGCUUCUAAGGAAAGCGACGAAAAAGACCAAGAUUCUGUUAGUUCAGAAGCCAACCACAACGAACACCAAGGCGUAACGCGCCUCGUAUCAAACAACGAAAAAAAGAAGUCAAAAAAAUCAACGCCAAAAAAGAAACCCAAGUGCAGGUAUUGGAGCAAAGAUGAUAAGUUUCAAAACAAGCUGAUUAUUCCAAUUCUAUCAAAUGAUAAUUCAGUUACCGAUAUUGCAGAUAAUAUAGAAAAUCGAAACACAUCAUCUGAGAGUAAUUCGAAAGAAACACAUGAAGACGAUCUGGAAGUGAUCGAGUCUUCUAUAAAAGUUCAAAAACGUCAAAAUCCGAGCCAACAAAACACUGUGUACCAGUUCAUAGAAGAGAAACAGCGGAUUUCUCUGACGCGAGAAAGACGCGCUGCGCGGACGCUGGGAAUUAUUAUGGGAGUAUUUGUUGUAUGUUGGUUACCAUUCUUUGUUAUCUACCUAGUUAUACCGUUCUGUGCAAGCUGUUGUCUAUCGAACAAGUUUAUAAACUUCAUAACUUGGCUAGGAUAUAUAAAUUCCGCUUUAAAUCCUUUAAUUUAUACAAUAUUUAAUAUGGACUUUCGAAGAGCAUUCAAAAAACUGUUAUUUAUAAAACCAUGAAUCUUAACUUUCGUGCCAAAAUGAUAAUGUAGUGAAAACGUAGUAGAUAUUGAAUACAAUGCCGCUGAAUUGCUCAAAUUAAUAUUUUAAUAAUCUCCUUCAAAUAAAGUAGAUAAUUAUGUAAUUCUAAAUGAUAUUAUAUGAACCGUCUGUAACAUUUUAAAAAUUGUAGUAAUUCUGUACAAAUUUGUUAUUUCAUCUAAAUAGUUCGAUCCCUCUAAAAUCAUUAAGUUAUCAUAUAAGAAUUAUGUAUUUAAUAUAUUAAAAUACAUUCUAAUGUACAUAAUUGAUCGUUUGGUGCCUAGCACAGUAGAAGAUUAACUUUACGUUAUAAAUGUAAAAUAUAAUCUAUGUGAUCUAUUAAAUAUUGAAUUGAUGUUAUAACUAUUAAUACCGUCAACGAAAAUUGUUGUACUGUAAAUAACAAUGAUAGAGUUGUAUAUACAUAUCUUGACUCCAUUGUACAUAAAUUAUUCAUAAAUCAUAAUAAAAUACGUUUCCUAAGAUAAAUAUUGCUUCAUAAAUAAAAUUGGCACUUUAAGGGUAAAAUAAUUUGCCGAAAGGUGUACUAGUAUAUACAUUAUUAUUAUAUCCCUUUGAAAUAAUUUGAGCCCUUAUUUAAAAGGGAUAUUAGAAUACACAGUUUUGUUAAUUUAUUUGGAUUCAUAAUAAAGUUAUA